UAUCAGCAUCUGGUUGGGCCCAACCAAGUCCAACUAACCCCAAAACGAACAUCGAUUGUAGUCAGUUAUACUGUUAGUUUACGAAUUCAAAUUGGAAAUUCAAAUCCUUCGAUUACGAGCCCGCUCAUAUUCGACGUAUAAAUAGCUACCGCGACGAUUUGGUUACCAUUCCCCUCCGCGGGAGGAACGCGCGCCUCGUGUUGAUGAGGAAGAGAGCGGCAUCAGCAUCGGCGGCAGCCAAAUCUGUGACGAAGGGUAAGUCGACGGGGCACGACGCCUUCAUCACUUCGCCCGAUCCUUCCUCCAAACCCUACCAUUUCGAUCUCCCGUCGUUCCCUACUGCAACUGCCGCCUCCUCCUCCCUAAACACCACCCCUGCCUCCUACUUGCGCCACCCCCCAUCACCUCCCCCUUCCGCCAAGGACAAGACCACCACCCUAGCCACCAUCUCCGAUCUUAAGGCCUUGGCCUCCUCCCGCAUCGACUCCCUCAAGCGACACCUUGACCUAUGUCGCUCCGACAUCCUCAGGGACUUCGACGCUUCCAACACUCGCCUCUCCAAACGCUUCAAGAUCCAAACAAAAGCUUGCCUGCAAUUAACAGAGGAAGCAGAAAAGGACUAUAAGAAGAUUGCUGAUAGGAUUAGUGAACAUACAGAAACAAUAAAGGCCUCAUAUGCAGAAGUUAUCAGCGAAGCUCAUUCCACAGCCUCUCGUGUUUGUAAGGUUUCCAUCCCUGAGCUGAUACAAUCGAUGGAGAAAGCUAUUGAAGGAUUGCGUAGUCGUUAUAAGAUUCCAGCAACUCCAAUUUAA